AUGAUCCAUCCACUUAGACCCGAGAUACAGGCAGUUACAUUUCAUUUAUUCGCAGCCCUGUUACAAGAAUACUUACUACUGGCCUUUGAGAGUCAACAGUAUCAAGAAGAAGAAAAUGUACUCCAUACGGAAUUGAAAAAGCACUUAAAUACUACAGUUUACAAUACAGAUUACUUCAAGUCCCCAACAUCUUGUUUCUUGGUUACAUCAAAAAAGGAAUUAAACAGCAGGCAAAAAUCUAAGGAAAAGGUCCUAAACGAUGUUUCUUUGUAUGGAGUUCAAAGUAACUUGAAAUGGAAACAAAGCAAUGAAUCAUCAAAUCCCAUGGUGCCUUCAAGACAUCAAAACAAUGUCUGGAAAACUGAUUACUUAACCUCGAAAUUUCCUGAAACUAGUUUUUUCAAAAAUGAUGUGUGCCAUCCAGAAUUUUCAUUUCAACAGAUUCCAUCUGAAUUUAAUAAUAGGGAUUAUUCUGCAGCCAACAUCAGUCACAAAUUUCAACCAUCAUGUGCCAUGACAAAUUUACCACCAAUGGAAAUGCAACCACUACUCAAUACCACGAGUAGCACACAUUUUUUGUCAGAUCCUUGGAUGAUGAAGGAACUAGGUUAUGAUUAUUCUUUAAUCAAUGAUGAUAUUUUAAAAAGGUGAUAUUUAUGAGAAAAG